CACGGCGGUGGCAGGUUUUGAAGUGCAUCCUCUUAAAUGCCUUGGGAUGGAAACUGCUAUAAGAAAGACGCAGCGCCUGGGCCUCUUGCAGUGUUUUCCAUGCCCAACCCUCCUAGGCCCCAGUCCAGCUUCGUGUCCACUUAGCGUAAGAGCUCUUGACCUGCCUGUUUGAACAUGAUCUCUUGUGCCUGGACUACAUCUGGUCAAAAAGUCAUGGGCUACAUUUUCAAGUCAGGGAGUACAAUGGUGUGUGCUAAACUUGGAAACAAAUUCUAGGUUCCUGCGCAUUGAGUUUCUGCUGCACUCAACAAGUCGGUUGUAGAAGCUCAGCCAGUUCUGAGUGCGUGCGCCAUCACCCCUUAAUUAUGGAGUAUCUCUCUGCUUCAUUAACGUGUUCUCUCAUUUCCCUCCUCACCCACAUGUAUUAUCCCCCCCAUCUUUCACGGAGAUCUUCCUCUGCAGGCGGGCCUCUGGCUUUAGUUUUGAUGUGUUGCAUGCUCUCUCGUUUCCUGUACCAGGUUUUAACGCUGAUCUCUGAGGUGAUACCUUUAUGAAGGCAUGCUGGUUACUUCUGAUUUCAUGCAUUCAUCUUUUCCUAAGGACACUCUCUGUGUCAACUGCAGUGUCUAUUGGCAUUCUCCAGCCACUUCAAAAUUAAUAGAUUUUGAUAUUCUGUUACACUUUGCGAGGCCUGAUUCUGCAGCCUUUAUUGAUGUGAGAAAUUCUCCGGGAGUAUUGGCCCGAUACCGCUUCUGCAGAAGCCAGUGGAUCUAGUCACAUGAGUAAAGACUGCAGAAUCGGAGCCUAGCUCCUUCAUUCUUCAGGGCUGCUUUCAGAAGCGAUGGCAAUGAUGAUCUGUUUUCGAUCUUGCUGCCUCUGUGGACUGGGCAAGUCAGAAACAAACAUUGGAUGCACCAUCAGAAAUGAGGGCUUGAGGCCAAAUGUGGCAGUAAAUUUAGUCUUGUAUCUGCUGUGUUCAAUGAUGUCUUUCUGAACCUUCCUAACACCUUUGGUUAUGACCUUUAUAUGACAUCCUUUUCACGUGUUCAGUCUUUGGAUACAUGGGCAGGCAUGUGAGCGAGCAGUGCUAAACUCUGCUACUCCAGAGCUAUAUCCUGCUGAUUUUUUGUUAACUUUUUCUCCUCUUCCCUAGGUUCAUGCUGGUGAAAUUCUGUUGUAUCCGAUCACGGGAAUACAGUAAGAAGAGGAAACAAGAGCCCAACCUGUGCCCUGCUUACUUUGUCCUGCAAUAUAAUGAGGAGAUUGACCGGCUGGUGAUCACAGAGCUGAACAGUAAACACGUUCAUGUCGAGCCAGGGACUCCCGUGGUUCUUACUGGCUCUUCUCGGAUGACAAGAAGAGCCAGCUCCACGGUAGAUGACAAACCUGCAACAAAACUGCGUAGACAACAAGAAACUAAGGCAGAAGACUGUGAAACAGCUGGCAAGGACUCUGCGACACCUGACAGGACUCCAGACAGGUCAACUUCUCUGCUCAGUAAGGUUCCUGAGGCAGUCAUGGAAAAUGCCUCUCCCUCAGCUUUAGUCAAGGUUGCUGAAGUCAUGAAAAACUUCCUGAGGGUGGACAUGGGGUCACUGGCUUCGAUCAGUGUGGGCAGCAGCCAGGAGCUCGACAGGCUGAACUUCCAGACCAGCAAAAUGAAGAGCCUGUUUGUCAAGUUCUCUGAGAGCCUCUUGCUGCACAGGGUGCAGAGUGAGAGAGGACACGUGCUUUAUGCCUUCCUAGCAGAAAGCAAGGACCGAGUGGGGAAGCUGGUUCAUUUUGCUGUCCUCAAGGAGGAUACUGGGGAGAACGUGAGUAAAAUGCUCACAGUCUUCAAGGAGUUCAAUCCAGAGUGGCAGAAAGUCAAGGUGGUCUUUGUGGACAUGGCCUUCCUUCACAAAGCCACCCUGCAGGAGCUCUUUCCAUCAGCCAAAGUGCUGCUCUCUGUUUAUCACACUGCCCAACUCCUAGAGAAGAAGGUAGAGGAAGCAGAAGUCUCUUCUUCCUUCAAGCGUAAUGUGACACUAGCUUUGAGGGAGGCUGUCUUUUCCCCUUCUAGCCCAAAUCUAGACGGCUUGUCUCAGCUGGUGAAGCGCUUGGUGGACAAAGAGUUGUUUGACUCUCUUCAGGCCAACUGGUUCUCCUGUGAGAUGCUAUGGUACUUGCAUGCAAAGAAAGGUCUCCUUUCCUGCAGCACCUACAUGGACAGUCUGGACUUCAUCACCCAUAAACUAUCCACUCUCUUUAGCAAGCAAUCGCCACUGGAGACGAGCAUCCUUCACUUUGUCGAAUACGCAGACUGCUUCGACACCAAAGGCCUGGAAAACCUGAAGCAGGGUUUGUCACCAGAGGACGGCCGGAACAGCCUCGAUAAGCCUAAAGCACGCACGCGUGCCACCCCAAAACGUGCUCCUGAUGCUCCUGUGCAGGCCCGGAUCAGCUCUCCUGAGCCUCCCCAGCAGGUCGUCAAGCAGGAACCAGCUAAGGCCACAGGCGCUAUGCUGGCAGCUUUGCACAAGAGUUGCACUGACCUGAGCUACCAGCUGUACUUGAGUGAGUGGGAGGUGAUGCAGAAGUCAACCAAGAUAAUCAGCAUGAAGAACAAGAUUGUGGCUCAGCUGUUAGAAGACACGCACCAGGUCAGCAAAGAUUGCACGAGCUGCAGUUGUUACUUCCACUGUCGGUACCGGCUGCCCUGCAGGCACAUCCUGUCUGUGCUGCAUGCAAACAAGAGGGCAGUAGAUGAAGCUAUGGUGUGCAAGCGCUGGCAGAAGAAGCAUCAACACCCGUCAGGCUUAGGAGAGAAGCUCCUGGACCACACUGAGCACUUAGCAGGUGCCCAGCCAGGGGCAGAAGAAAGGUCUGACAAAAUCCAGUCCCUCAGCAAGGAGCUUGCGAAUCUGCUUCUGCAGUGCGAUGGGGAGGAGCUGGAGGAGCGCAGCUCCACGCUCAGAAUGAUUGUGGAUAUCUGGACUAAGUCCUCCGAGCCGGAGGAAGAAGAUGAGAAACCCUUUACCUGCAGAAAUGUGGGGGACCUGCCUUUCCUCUGGGUAAAACAGGAGGAGAUGGAAGUGGAGCCAGCAGCAGCAGCUUCUGCAGAGUCACCGACAGACACCAAGAAAUUGCUAAUGUGAAAGGUGAAGCCUGCUGGAUUCGGACAUGAAAGAUGAACUGAGCUGUUCGUGGAGAGCUAAUGGGUUGACCCUACCCCAGCCUCUCUUCCCCUUCCCGCUCUGCCCCAAGGAGAUUCAGGGUUACGGUGAACUUGUAGGACUGUUAAAGAUCCAGCUAAGGAACCUGAGACUUUCCCCGGUGCCCGGCUGUCGACUGCCUCCCAGCUCUGUGAAGGUUCUAGGCACCUGUAAUAGGGUAGUUCCCAGCUGGCCACCCUCUGACCAGCCAGUAGUUGCCUGGCACUAGGGCUGCGAAAGCCAGGCUAGCAAUAUCCCCUUUUUGGAGGGCUCUUCGCCCCUGUUCUUCCACCAAAGCCUAGGAAGGACUGGCCCGGCAGCGGGGCCCAUGGUCAAGGUGGUUAGUUUCCCUCCGUUCAUUCGAUAGUUCUUGGUUUUUAAGUCUGGAGUGCACUGGCUCUCGCUGCCCAGGCAACAGGAGAGUUGUUCGGGGCGCUGGGCAGGGCGCAGAGAGUUCGCUCCCCAGGGAAGUGCAAUGCUGCUGCGGCUCCCGCUCUGCCACCACCAGCGCCCCUUUGCUGCUGUGUGUUCAGACCAAAUGAAUUGCGAAUUAUUAAAACGUGGUUUCAGCUC